AUGAGUGUUUGGGAAGUUGCUCCCCGGAUUGGGAAUGCCGUUGUCCUGAAACUGGGUGUCUGUGUUUCUCUGAACAGGGUGAAGCUAAAAGAAGGGGUAACUUUUUUGGGAGCACGGUCCAGUAACCCAGUGUUAUGGACAGUCAGUCAGGACACAAGGAGCGAAGGACAUAGAGUCAUCACUCUCCAUUGCCGGAGGAAAGAAAACAGUCCACUGGAAAGGGCAGAAGGUGCAUUCCAGAAAGUGUUGCAGGUGGAUCUGGAAGUAGACAGCUUCUUGGGCCCUUUAGGGACCAGGCCUGUGACAUGGCAAGUGGAGUAUCCAGGCACAAGGACCCUGACUGAAGAAGCUGAGACGGAAAUCCACCUGGCACAGAAGGACCUGGGGGCUAUUGUUCCACUGGCCAUGGACACAGAGAUACUGAACACGGCCGUGCUGACGGGGAAGACGGUGGCAGUGCCGGUGAAAGUGGUGUCAGUCGGAGAGGACAGCGCGGUGACCGAUGUGUCCGAAUCUGUGGAGUGUCACUCUGCAGAUGAGGAUGUGGUGAAGGUGUCUGACAGGUGUGACUAUGUCUUUGUGAACGGGAAGGAGAUGAGGGGGAAGGUGAGGAUUGCAGUGAACUUCUUCUAUGGCUACCUCAGCGCCCAGCUGGAAAUGACUGUCUGGAUCCCACGCCUCCCCCUGCAGAUAGAGGUGUCUGACACUGAGCUCAGUCAGAUCAAAGGCUGGAGGGUGCCCAUCUCCACCAGCAAAAGUAUUUAUCAGGGAAUAACAGGCACGACCUUGUCAGCACGGGACAGUGACGAUGAAGAUGAGGAUGACAGGAAAGGAAAGGGCUGCAUGCUGCAGUACCAGAAUGCCAUGGUGCGCGUCUUCACACACUUUGUAGCCGAGCCCGCUGACCCAGGUGGUCAGCUGACCUACAUGCUGGGCACAGAUUGGCAAAUGGACAUCACGGACCUGGUGAGAGACUUCUUGAAGGUGGAGGAUCCUCAGAUUGCGAAACUCCAGGAUGGGAGGAUCCUCAUGGGAAUGGAUGUGGGCAUGACCACCAUCCAGGUGCUGUCCCCUCUGUCAGACUCCAUCCUGGCGGAGAAGACGGUGACGGUGCUGGAUGACAAGGUGGCCAUCACAGAGCUGGGGGUGCAGCUGGUCACAGGGCUCUCCCUCUCCCUCCAGCUCAGUCCAGGAAGUAACAGGGCCAUCAUCGCCACGGCAACCACACAUGAACUUCUGCACAGCCCCAAACAGGAAGCAGUGAUCAGUGCUUGGAUCCAGUUUAGCGAUGGCUCAAUGGCGCCUCUAGAUAUCUACAAUUCGGACUACUUUGUCCUCACAGCCACUUCCCUGAAUGAAAAAGUGGUGUCUGUCCAGCAGGACUCUGUGUGGAAGUGGCCCGUGGUUGUCACAGAAGGGGAAGGGCAGGGAGUUCUGGUGAAGGUGGAAAUGACCAUUUGUGAGCCCUGCCAGAAGUCGAAACGGCGAAGCGUGCUGGCCUCCGGCAGUGGAAGUGUCAGGGUGAAGUUUGGCCAGAAUGACAGUGGCUCCAAAGCGAGCAGCAGUGACUAUGGAGUGGAUGGAGAGGAGCUGGAGAACCGUGCCAGCGACCGGCGGCAAAAACCAGCGGUGCAGGAUCGUACGGGGAUGGACAUGCAUUAUUACGGGAGUUCAAUCUCUGACCAGGAGGACAGUCUCCUGAGAAGGAUUACUACAACCACCAGGACCACCAUAACCAGGACAUCAGAUGGUGACAAGCUUUCAGACGAUGGAAGCCAAAUCCAAAACAUUCCCAUUGACUUCUCUAACUUCCCUGCACAGGUGGAUCUUCCCCGUAACCAGGACAUGCAGGACAGUGAUCUUGUGCAAACGCCGAGAGGCCUGACCGAUUUGGAGAUAGGAAUGUAUGCUUUGCUGGGAGUGUUCUGCCUGGCUAUCCUGGUAUUCCUCAUUAACUGUAUCUCAUACGCCCUGAAGUACAGACACAAGCAAAUUCCCAUGGAAGGGCAGGAGACCAUGAACCAUGCCCACGACUGGGUUUGGCUUGGGAAUGAGACAGAGCUUCUUGAGAAUCCCCCUGGGAUGUCCCCACAGCAGGAUGAACACACCACCAUGAUUGACACAGGGGCCAGCUUUGAGGAAGGGAGCCAUCUCCUGAAUGGUGGGUCGGCUCAGAAAAACGUACAGGGACAAGUGCAUCGGUCAGCCGACUCUGGAUGUGGUACCAAUGGAAAAGACCACAAAAGCGAGUCGUUAAAUUCACCCACGACGAAAAGAAAGCGCGUGAAGUUCACAACAUUUACUACAAUCCCACCUGAUGAUGGCUGCCCGUCCAUUAAUCCUAUCAUCUUGGCCCAGGAUGAUGACAUUAAAUGGGUUUGCCAAGACAUAGACCUGGGGGAUUCCAAAGAGCUAAGAAACUACAUGGAAAGGCUAAAUGACAGUGUUUUAAAGGAUAUUGCAUAGCCUUCGGUGGACUGUUAUUUACUCACCCUUAUGCCUUCAGAAUAAGGAGGUGGACCUGGCUGUCCUUUUUAAAGUGGUUAUACUGAAUCUAUAAUAGGAGGUGCCUCAGUCUGACAACAUGGCAGAACGUUAAAUUGUACCUUGUUGCCAUGGGAACUGCCAAAGGCCCAUUCAUCAUAACUAAGCAAAGAAGAAUACAAUAUGGCUAAUAUUUGGGGAACUUAAAGAACUGAAUAUAAGAAUCACAUUCACGUGAUAUGAGCCGGCUUCCUUGUUUUAUCAAUAAGGCAUUGCAUUAUUCUCUCCUAAACAUCAUUCAACUUGUUUUUAUUACUGUUCAUGCUGUAGUGAAAAAUCUUCAGAUUUCCCAACCUUGCAAAUUUGUUGACUUCAAUUACAGUAUGUUAAAAAUAUGCAGAUGAUGAAUUGUAGAUUCUAAGAAUGUAAUAUUGUUCAAGUAUAAAACUUGUAAAUAAAAUGCACA